UCACGUUCGACCUGUAUUGCUCGAGCACUACUGUCAUAGGCAUGAUUGCCCUCCGUUCAAUCGACAACACAUCAUCGUUGUUCUGUCCAAUCACCAUUGUCGCUGUAGCUCUGGUACCGUCGUCGUCUACAAGGCAACGCUCCAAAAAAGUUAGGACUUUUCACAUUUCAAGCUACUUGGGUGAAGAGUUUUCUUAACGACUUUCCUUCAGACCGUAACAAGAUCUUUUAUACCAAGAUCAUUGGUAUGUUUUGGCAAAUACAAUUGAUGUGCAACCAUAUAUAGAUAAACACGUGGGGGUAUUGCAAUUGAAAUACCCAAAUAAGGUUCUUCAUCAAAAAUUGAUUCAAGAACACAAUCGAACUUUCAUAUCUUGGUUAAGAGAAGAGGUUGCAUUUGAGAUUGGAAUGGGAAAUGUUGAAGUUUCAGAUAACUUAAGGAUAUUCUCCUUACACAUGGAGCCAAAGAUAGUAAGUGAUGAUCAAGACAAGGAGGUUGGUGGAUUAGUUGUUAGAGGAGUUGAUGAACAAAUUGUAGAGAAGCCCAGAAAACAAAGGAAGUGGAGACCUACAAUUAUGUUUGAUGUGACUCGUGUUCGAAGUGAAGGUGAGAGGAAAUUAGUGAAAUAUAAUGAAGAUGGCGUACCCAUUGAGAAAAUGGAGCGAAGCUGAACUCUUUUAUUGGAUCGUGUAUACACUACCACAUCUCUAUUAACUAUCAAUCAUGGACAGAUGUGCCUACUGAAUUGAAGGAUAAGAUUUAUACCAUAGUUGAGGAAUGAACCUGAACUUUUGAGAUGACCCCCAGACAUGUAUCCUUGCAUUAACGAAGGAGAGCGGGAAGAAUUUGUUAGAUCUAGAGUAUGUCCACAUUUUGAGGACAAAAGAAAAGUUCAACAAGAGAGAAGGAAGAAGAAUAAGUAUAACCAUAAGCUUUCAAGAAAAGGUUAUGCUAAUCUUCGAGAGGAAUUGAAAAAUAACCCUUCAGAAGAAGGUGAUCUUGAUCGAGCUAGCAUGUGGAAGAAGGCUCGUGUAGAUAAGAAGAGAGAAUAUGACAAUGAACACGUUCAAGAAAUUAUGAAUUGUAUAGAUGAGAUCUCAAAGACAUAUGUUGACAAAGAGCCAUCUCCAAACGAUGUUUUGACACAAGCUUUGGGUACAAAAGAGCUUAGUGGACUUUUACAUGGAGUUGCCAGUGGUUCUUGGGCACUUAUGGCUAUUAACGCAUACAAUGAGACAGUUUAUAAUAUUGACUCACUUCGAACAACAUCAAAAGUAGAUAUUAGAUAUGUAAUUGACACGGCUAUUACAAUCUUUUUCUCUCAGAAAAAUAUUCAAACAACUCGAAAACAGUCAAUAUGGGAAAUAGUGAAGUGUCCUUUGCACGUUGGAGUAGUUGAAUAUGGAUACUAUGUGAUGAGAUACAUGAGAGAUAUAAUCACUAAUGGGAGCAUAGUAGUCACAGAUUCGAUUGAUACAAGUAGCCCAUACAGUAAAUUAGAGUUGGAUGAAGUGCGCAUGGAGCUUGCUGAUUUUUUGGGUGGCCACAUUCGAUUUAUGGUGAAUAUAUUUUGGGUUAGAUAGACAAGUUUUGUUGAUACUGGAUAUAGGUGUGAUAUUUUUUUUGAUAUACUUGAUAUAGCUAGGUGAAUUAGUUUAGUUGAUAUUUUGUUGAUACACCUAUAGUUAGGCUACACAUAGAUGGAAAGUUUAGGCUAUUGUUAGAAGUAGGCUAACUAUAUGUAUGUAUACGCUUCAUUGAUAUAUAUAUAUAUAUAUGCAAUAUGUUAAAAUAUUA